AUGACGUUGGACCGCAUACCACCAGAAAUCCUGGAAUAUAUCGCCUAUCUCGUUGCGACCGACGACCUUUUGGGACCACCACAACAUUUAAUACCACUCCUUUUGGCCAACAGGAAGAUCCACAGCACUUUAUCCUCGGUUUCCAACCCUCAUUUAUACGCUUCGAUCUUUGAAGCAAAGUUUGAUGUCUGUUUGGCGAAGAAGCGCUUGGGGGAGCACCGUCUGACGCCCAAGGUCCUGGCGAGAGAGCUGCAAAGGCGGAUGGUGCUGCUCAAGCGGAUCUACGGCCUCUCUGGGUCGACGGACCCCAGUGCGCACGACAACCCGCAGGAACAAGAGCAAGGGACAGAAGACGUCGUCGACGAGGUCCUGCUCACCGCAUACCUGAUGAUGCUGGAGAACCAAGGACGGAAUCAUUCCCAGCUUCGCGAUUACGCACAGAUCUCAAAGUGGUUGAGAUACUUCUGGUUCCACGAGCGUGGAAGGUCUGCUGCGAUUAGCUCUGUUCGGAAAGGUGAAUGGCCUUCCAAUACGACGAGAACAGCGCUGGGGAUGUGGUUGUUCUGGUUCUUCAUGAAACCAGACGAAUACCCUGGUGGUGGGGAUGCCAUUGAAUCUCCAAUCAGCAUUCUCAAGGUCCAAGCGAUGGGUGCCCACAAGUACCCGUUAAGCGAGAUCCCGUGGGCGGAUUACCAGCCCAACUCUGGUCCAACGUCUGCCCAGGAAAUUACCUGGUAUGGACAGACGCUCCCGUUCAUACCGCCGCCCCUUGCAAUACCGGCCAUCCUCUCGUACCUCGCGUUUACCAAUCGCCGGCGUUCGCUUCCCUUGACUCCCUCUGACCCCACGAUACCCGAAUCCCCCUCGCGAGACGAAUGGAGUGCAGACUGGGGAAGGGCUGUACUAAUGGGCGAUCCCAGCCAACCAAGAAGUGUGAAGAGCUGCUUCUCCCUCGGGAGCAUCGAAGGUGUUUGGGAGGGGUUCUUUACGUACACCGAAUUCACGACAUACGCGGGCGUGUUGCGUGGCGCCCCGCCGCAGAUCCUUCAAAAGGGUCUAGUCGGGAAGCAUCAACAGACCUGGAAGUUGCGCGAACAUCACUUACUCUCCGCCGACGACGAUCCCAAUCCCGUAACGACGCCCCUGGGCCACGGUGAUCCCUUGCGCUCCUACAUCCCCAACGGCACAAAACUGGUUGAACAUCAAGGCGGUGUGAAGGUCCACGAACCAGGCAGGGAUGUCGCAUUGGAGUACACUAGAGCUGGCGCCGUUACUCGUUCGGACAACAAGGUGGUCGACAUCAUCAUCACAGGCGAGGGUCACUCUGCAUGGGGACAAUUCAGCCUCGUUGGUCGCGUCCGACCCUGCGAUGGGUUCAUCAGUCUAUCGAAGGACUAUGUUGAUGGUGAUCGAGGCAAAUGGCUUUAUCGAGGAUAUCUUGCAGGGAAUGUGUAUGGUAACUUUGUGGGGAGGUGGAGGGAUACACUCACGCUGUCGCUGUUCCCUGGGUAUGAAGGUUGUUUUGCUAUGAGCCGCCGGCGAUAA